AAGUGGCGUUUUGGCUCAGAUUGAGUUGCAACAGCACCUCGGAUCACUUUGAUUUCCAUAGGUCUCCCGGCGCUGAAGCUCGCCAGCUCUCCCAUGAACUCAAAGGUGAUGGCUGACUGCGACCGCUAACGUCGACACAGCGGGCAUUGGUGCAACACAUUUUGCGUUGGAAGUGUGGCAUUGGUCGCAUCGAAGGUGCGGCUGGCCCCGAAAUGAGGUGAUGACAGACUUGAGUCCCGACGCGCCGAAUGGUCAGUGUGCCUAAUGUGUCCAGGGAUGUCGAGGAGUGCGUCCGUUCACCAAAUACCAGCCUCGAAUCUCUAGACUGUACCAGUGUAGUCUGUACCCUCCCUUGAACUAUGGCAUCAGAAGUUAGACAGCCUGAGACAAAAGCCUGAGACUGCCUGAGGCAGCCUGAGACUGCCUGAGGCAGCCUGAGAGUGCCACACCUUUGCUUGUGAUGUCUAAGCCUUUGUUGUCGCUGAUGAGCAACUCUUGUGCCUCAUGGGACUUUGAGCGAUUGCGCUGCUGGGCUGCGUUGCUGGGUUUCAGCUCCGGCACAAAACCAACCUUGUCAGCACGGCUCGUCAAAAUGCGGGGUGCAACGUGCUUUGGAGCAUCGAUGAGACUCCGAAUGAAUGUUCGCCUCAGCAAGCUGUUCCGGCCAGAUGGCCUACCGCUGCCUCAGUGCCCAAAGACAUGGGAAAGAUAACCCACAAGUAUUUGUUCAUGAGAAAAUGCUACCAACACCAAUUGCGUCGGUGAGCACAGCAGCCGCAGCUUUCAGCAGAAGAAGCAUGGAUGCGCUUUCCAUCGCCUAAAAGACUGGCCGAGCCGAUUAAGCCCGUCGCUUCCGCAAAGCCAAGCGACUACGAGGCAGUUGAAGAAGAAUUCCUGGGUGUCUUGGGAUCUUCGACAGGUUGUCUGCAGGUCACGCAGGCUUUGCGUGUGACUUGAGUGGCUGUGUCAUUUGCAAGUGAAUAGCCUCAGCCCGGUAGAGCCUACCCAGAUGAUCUCAAGAUGCUUAGCGGUGGCGCAACAGAGCUGAAGACAAGAUCGUGGAAUGCUCGGCGAGUGUCAUCAAAGGUAGUCGGCAUGGUUGGCAUGACUGGCAGGAGGCCUUGAGAUUUGUCCGCAGCUUGAUCUUUAGAGCUGUAAAGGCAGUCACGAGAACAGCGUGCUCCACUGCUGGGCACUGAAAAUGUCUUGUGAGAGUGCCGCGCUCUGCAGUUCUAUCCCAAGUGUCAGAACCUGGUGUGCGUUGGCCAUAUGUUCACAUGCGGAUGCGUGAGAGUACGAGACAUCUCAUGCAAAACAGGAUCGCGUUUUGUGCAGCGCCGAGCUGGAACCCACUUCGAAAGAGGGCUUUGCCUGCAAAUUAGUCGCCACUUGGCCGCGUUCCCAGUAACUUCGCGGGUGAGCGGGUGAAGGCAAGGAGACUCCAGACCUUGCCUUGAGCUCGCACGCGAGCCUCAGAAGGUGAGUAAUCCGUGCUCCUGCAGAAUGAGACAGCCUGAGACAAAAGCCUGAGACAAAAGCCUGAGACAGCCUGAGGCAGCCACACCUUUGCUUGUGAUGUCCAUGGCGAAUUGCACUGCCAGCAAGUUGGCCUCACGCACAGAACAUGCAUGACAUUUCAGUGGCAGGACGCCUCCGUGCUGAACACUCGCCACCGGGGAAUGAGUUUCCUGGCGUGCGACCCCAAAACCCUGAACUCGGACUUUCUUCCAUUUGGUGCCAGGCGGCUGUGAUAGCUGCGAAUCCUGCUAGAGAUGCUUCUUUUUUUGGAGUUGGGCUAAGUUGGUUCCGUAAGCUGCUGGAAGGACGUGAUACUCAGACACGUGCCGUGACGCUCCGAGUUGGUCGGUGUGUUCGGAACCCGUUGCGCAUUUCCGCGUCGCUGAUGAGCAACUCUUGUGCCUCAUGGGACUUUGAGCGAUUGCGCUGCUGGGCUGCGUUGCUGGGUUUCAGCUCCGGCACAAAACCAACCUUGUCAGCACGGCUUGUCAAAGUGCGGGGUGCAACGUGCUUUGGAGCAUCCAUGAGACUCCGAAUGAAUGUUCGCCUCAGCAAGCUGUUCCGGCCAGAUGGCCUACCGCUGCCUCAGUGCCCAAAGACAUGGGAAAGAUAACCCACAAGUAUUUGUUCAUGAGAAAAUGCUACCAACACCAAUUGCGUCGGUGAGCACAGCAGCCGCAGCUUUCAGCAGAAGAAGCAUGGAUGCGCUUUCCAUCGCCUAAAAGACUGGCCGAGCCGAUUAAGCCCGUCGCUUCCGCAAAGCCAAGCGACUACGAGGCAGUUGAAGAAGAAUUCCUGGGUGUCUUGGGAUCUUCGACAGGUUGUCUGCAGGUCACGCAGGCUUUGCGUGUGACUUGAGUGGCUGCGUCAUUUGCAAGUGAAUAGCCUCAGCCCGGUAGAGCCUACCCAGAUGAUCUCAAGAUGCUUAGCGGUGGCGCAACAGAGCUGAAGACAAGAUCGUGGAAUGCUCGGCGAGUGUCAUCAAAGGUAGUCGGCAUGGUUGGCAUGACUGGCAGGAGGCCUUGAGACUUGUCCGCAGCUUGAUCUUUAGAGCUGUAAAGGCAGUCACGAGAACAGCGUGCUCCACUGAUGGGGCACUGAAAACGUCUUGUGAGAGUGCCGCGCUCUGCUGUGUGUGUCCUAAGUGUCAGCCCCUGGCGUGCGUUGGGCAUUGCGAAUUGCACUGCCAGCAAGUUGGCCUCACGCACAGAACAUGCAUGACAUUUCAGUGGCAGGACGCCUCAGUGCUGAACAUUCGCCACCGGGGAAUGAGUUUCUUGGCGUGAGACCCCAAAACCCUGAACUUGGACUUUCUUCCAUUUGGUGCCAGGCAGCUGUGAUAGCUGCGAAUCCUGCCAGAGAUGCUGCUUUUUUUGGAAGUGGCCAUGUACAACCGCUAUGCAUUGCAGCACGGUGACUAGCAAAGGAGACGUUCCACCUGGACUGACGUCCUGUGUCAAAAUUCUUUUGAGGGGCCAUGCUCCCAGCCAGUCGUUUGCCUCGCAUUUGCGUUGAGCGGCAUAUUUUCAGAGGCUUUGCACCACUGGCGAACUCUUUGUGUUGUCUUGGAUUUAUUUGCGGAGCGCCUAGGGGAACAUUUUCUUCUGAGCCCCUGCAUUUCUGUCUUAGAGCCUGUCAUGCUUCUUCCAAGAUCCGUGCGAGACUCUGACACCUGCAAGCUUUUCAGCAAGCUUUCGUGUCUCUCAGGAUUCCGGGCUGAGAAUACCACGUGAGGGCGCCAACGUUGUCUCUUUGUCCUUGGCAGCGCGACAGCGCGGCUUGAGAUUUGCUGCGGUGGCCGCCAGCGCAUUGAAAGCAUGAACUGCGGCUCCGAUCUCAUGACGUGAUUUGGGUUGUGCUUUCAGCUUGCAGAACAGUGCCCGCCUUUUCACAGAACACACCGUUACAACUAUCACAUCCAGGCCCGUGCAGCGUGCCUCAUGUUGCUUGAAUUUGCUGUGACCAGGCGCAGCUUUCAGCAGAAGAAGCAUGGAUGCGCUUUCCAUCGCCUAAAAGACUGGCCGAGCCGAUUAAGCCCGUCGCUUCCCCAAAGCCAAGCGACUACGAGGCAGUUGAAGAAGAAUUCCUGGGUGUCUUGGGAUCUUCGACAGGUUGUCUGCAGGUCACGCAGGCUUUGCGUGUGACUUGAGUGGCUGCGUCAUUUGCAAGUGAAUAGCCUCAGCCCGGUAGAGCCUACCCAGAUGAUCUCAAGAUGCUUAGCGGUGGCGCAACAGAGCUGAAGACAAGAUCGUGGAAUGCUCGGCGAGUGUCAUCAAAGGUAGUCGGCAUAGUUGGCAUGACUGGCAGGAGGCCUUGAGACUUGUCCGCAGCUUGAUCUUUAGAGCUGUAAAGGCAGUCACGAGAACAGCGUGCUCCACUGAUGGGGCACUGAAAACGUCUUGUGAGAGUGCCGCGCUCUGCUGUGUGUGUCCUAAGUGUCAGCCCCUGGCGUGCGUUGGGCAUUGCGAAUUGCACUGCCAGCAAGUUGGCCUCACGCACAGAACAUGCAUGACAUUUCAGUGGCAGGACGCCUCAGUGCUGAACAUUCGCCACCGGGGAAUGAGUUUCCUGGCGUGAGACCCCAAAACCCUGAACUUGGACUUUCUUCCAUUUGGUGCCAGGCGGCUGUGAUAGCUGCGAAUUCUGCUGCCUUGGGAGUUGGGCAAAGUUGGUGCCGUUUUUCUGCUUGCAACAUGAAGGACGACGCUCAAACUCCCUGGCGCUCAGAGUUCGGCGUGUUUGGCGUAGUGAGAACUCACUGCCCUGAGCUCAGCUCGGCGUGAGCUCCCAAAAGCCUGAGCACGGCUUGUGCGCUUGCCACCACAGCCUGAUCAACGUCCACUUUUGCGAGGGUGGCUGAGAUGACCGUGGCUUCGUUGUGCCAGCUCGCCCCGUGGCUCCAGCCAGUUCGGCCAUGAAAAUUGGGCUUUGAUGUUGCGCAUCCCCUAUCGCUCCAGGAACCUGGGUGGCUUGCAGGCUUGAUGUCAGACUCUGUGGGUGAGCCAUGCAUCCGGCUCUGCUCGAGGAAGUGCUGUCGAACUUGCCGCAUAGAGCGUGCCGCAAGCAAAUCUUGUGUGCCGACGUCAUGGCACUGAGGGCAGGGCUUCAUACCGCCAAAGUUCUCCACGCCCUGAGGCUUGUCCGGAGCGUGUUUGCGUGGCUUGUGCACGAUCCGCUCCCUUUGCUUGCUCACUGGGAUGUUUGCAGGCGACCCCGUGCCUGCCGUGCCUGCCGUGCCUCCCGUGCCUCCCGUGCCUCCCGUGCCUCCCGUGCCUGCGCGUGCGCGUUCUCACCGUUCGCAUGUCCUGGGCGGCAGUCCGCGGGCCUUGGCCUAGAGCUUUGCGAUUGGGCGGCUCCGGCACGGCCGCGAGACGCCUUGCCUGGAUCCGCAAGGCUUCGAACCAUGCGCGUGCUGUGUGCCUGUCUUGCCAAGCCAAUUGAUGGACGCUGCCGGAGUCCUGCCCACGUGUGACCGACAUCCUUCACUAAGAGUACUCCACAUGGAUACCUAGCCAACUGAAUCAUGCAGGGAGGGCUGCCUGUUCCGUUCCCUUCACCCAGCACACAGUCGUUUUUGCAUUCUGAGCAAGAACUGUGUGGGGGUGCGUUUGCAUGCCUGGCACACUGGGGCUCUGAAGGACGUGUCGCAAGCCCAUGGCACACGUGCUGCUUUCUGUGUGGCAACCUUGGCCAAGGCAGCUCAUCGCCCAAGAAAAGCCGUCGCCCGGUGAGUCACUGAAGCCGAAGUGCCGCUGUGACGCAAAGUGAUCGGGGCUUUCACUACGCAUCGGCGCGGACCGGUACAACAGUGAAACUGAGGCGUGGUACGAAGCAAGUUUCGGGAAGGUUUGGCCUGCUGUGCAGAUGCUGGAAUGCCGCCUGCCACGCUGUCCCCUGAUAGAGAAAGGGGGCUUUCGGGGCCAGUAGGGGCCAGCCUCGAACGGAACUUGGUGCUGGAUGUGGGCUGUAGGACGUGUGAGCUGACGUUUAUGCAAUUUGCCGGGCAACUAGCGCUUGACUUCCGCGUUUGGGAGUGGGUUUGCCGAAACAGCAAUGUUGAACACAGGCUCAAGCCGCCGUUUGUGCUUGAAUGUAAUCCUAUCUCCAAAUCUCAGCUGUUCCACAAAGGGCAGCCACUCCCGACAACCACAAACUUGCAUUGGCAGUGCGCUUGGCUGGCAAGUGAAACACACAUGGGAUCCUUUUCCGCAUCACAAGAGGUUCACGAGGCCGUUGCAGAACAAGUAAUCUCUCAGCUUGUCCAGAUGCUUGGCAGAGUGGUUAGGGCCAGCCUGCGGAAUGUGUGCCUCACAGACCUUCAGCCGAGAAGCCGCUUGACGGCAACCUCGAGCGCUCGGACAGCGCGCUUGGCCGUUUCGUCAAGCCUGUCGUGUCCGAGCGCAUGCAAGGUAUCGCCCAGAAGCUUGUUGUAUUUUGCAUCGUUCCGGGCUGCCAAAGGACGCAUUCUCUGCAAUAUUUCUUAAAGGCUUAAAGGGUUUGCAGUGCCAUGCGCGGGAGAGGCAGCUACCUCACAAAGCUUACAAAUCCAUGCGCGCCACUUCUCCUAGCUUUUGUAAGAGAAAUUGCUCGAUCACUUCCGGCUCUCAUGGACAAGCGCAUCAGCUGCAAGUCGGAACUCAAACAUGGAGGGCUGGAGGUCACCUCAUUUGCUCAGAGCCUAGGCCUUUUGGCCAACCUCUCACACCGAAAGCCGAGCAAGCCGGGCCGUUGUGCGUGGCGGUGGCCGGGUACGUGCGGGGGCCUGCCCACUUUGCGGAGUUGGCCCAAGGCUUUUCCGGGCGCUGCCUGGUGGCCAACCCCGUGGAGGACGCGCUCCGCCACGGAUGCCCGCUGUGGGUGUCCCUAGGCGCAGCGGGUGCUGCGGUGGUGCUCGGGCAGAGCUUCGGAGCACUGGUCGCCAGAAGCUUGGCAUCACGUUGGGAGGCCAUGGGGAGGGAGGUGCGGGGCAUUGUGCUUUUUGACAGCCGCAACAUUCCGCGAUACCUGUGGCGGGGCGAUGUCUGUCAAAGCGCCGUGCGGAACUUGCAGGCCGCCCACUUCAGGCUGCUGCAGGAGUUCCACUUCCAGGCUCCUUUCGCCCCACCGCACCACUCGGACAUGGGUGCUGCAGCGCGCAUCUUCACUGACAGCGCCCGAUGCUGCCCAGAAUCCGCACUGGAAACGGCUCGGCCCUGCGGGAUGAGGUUGCAAGACACGGAUCACUUCAACUUGCCAUUUGCGCUUGCGUGGGAUAUUUCGAGCAAACUGGAGCAGCUGCUGAAGGAUUUGUAGGCAAAGAGAGUGCAAGCAAUCGUGGCGUUCCAGAACCUGCCUGCGAAAAGGUUCUACUUGCCCCAAGGUGCUGUCACCGCCAUUUGUGCCAAGACAUCAAACCCUGCUUGUGUGAAACAACGACAGCCGCUCUGAGAUUAUUUGCUUGCAUGCAACAUUGUGAUUGUAUCCAGGAUGCUUGUGUGGAUGAAAGCAAGUGUUAAAGAUGCCUUGCCGGAAUAGCGCAUGUGAUUUCGUGGCCAUCCCUGAAUGCACUCAUUUCCAGAAGCUGCCAGCUGGGCUGAGUGAGGUGCGUGAGACAGCUAGCUAAGUUUUGAACACCAUCGCUUUGACAAAAUCCGCGUGGGGGAUGAUGACAUCCCUGAGCUGGAGCAGCUGGAGUUAGCAUUCGGGCAGCUUGACACCGAACCGCAUUCCGAUUUACUCGCAGAACAUGCCGACCGAUUGUCCUCGCAGGUUGGUAACCGAAGAGUGACCUUUUGGCGUGUGCUACAGCUUGCCAGGUGGCCCUUGACAGCAGGGGCCACUUUGCGCACGGUGCCUGCAAAUCAGGUAACGUUGAGUUGUCAGCGGAGAGCC